AUGGAGCCUCUUUGCUUGCUCCCCCAGGACUGUCCCCAGCUGGUGCCCACAGAGGAGAUCCUGAUUCCAGUCGGGGAGGUGAAACCAAUCACCCUUAAGGCUCGAAACCUGCCGCAGCCACAGUCCGGCCAGCGAGGCUAUGAGUGCGUCCUCAACAUCCAGGGUGCCAUCCACCGGGUCCCCGCCCUGCGCUUCAACAGCUCCAGCGUCCAGUGCCAGAACAGUUCGUACCAGUAUGACGGGAUGGACAUCAGCAACCUGGCCGUGGACUUCGCCGUGGUGUGGAAUGGCAAUUUCAUCAUUGACAACCCUCAGGACCUGAAAGUCCAUCUCUACAAGUGCGCAGCCCAGCGGGAGAGCUGUGGCCUCUGCCUCAAGGCCGACCGGAAGUUUGAGUGUGGCUGGUGCAGGGGCGAGCGCCGAUGCACCCUCCACCAGCACUGUGCCAGCCCCUCCAGCCCCUGGCUCGACUGGUCCAGCCACAAUGUCAAGUGCUCCAACCCCCAAAUCACCGAGAUUUUGACGGUGUCUGGACCGCCUGAAGGAGGGACUCGAGUGACCAUCCUUGGUGUGAACCUGGGCCUGGACUUCUCCGAGAUCGCCCAGCACGUGCAGGUGGCUGGGGUGCCUUGCACACCCCUCCCAGGGGAAUACAUCAUCGCUGAGCAGAUUGUCUGCGAGAUGGGCCAUGCACUCGUGGGAACCACCUCUGGGCCUGUGCGUCUGUGCAUUGGCGAGUGUAAGCCCGAGUUCAUGACCAAGUCCCAUCAACAGUACACCUUUGUGAACCCUUCUGUUCUGUCACUCAACCCCAUCCGAGGGCCAGAGUCAGGAGGCACCAUGGUGACCAUCACGGGACAUUACCUAGGGGCUGGGAGCAACGUGGCAGUAUACCUGGGCAACCAGACCUGCGAGUUCUAUGGGAGGUCAAUGAAUGAGAUCGUGUGUGUCUCCCCCCCAUCAUCCAAUGGGCUGGGCCCAGUCCCUAUUUCCGUGAGUGUAGACCGAGCCCGUGUGGAUAACAGCCUGCAGUUCGAGUACAUAGACGACCCUCGGGUCCAGCAUAUUGAGCCUGAGUGGAGCAUUGCCAGCGGUCACACACCCCUGACCAUCACAGGCUUCAACCUGGAUGUCAUUCAGGAGCCAAGGAUCCGAGUCAAGUUUAAUGGCAAAGAAUCUGUCAACGUGUGUAAAGUUGUCAACACAACCACACUGACCUGCCUGGCGCCCUCUCUGACCACGGAAUACCGGCCCGGCCUGGACGCUGUGGAACGGCCAGACGAGUUCGGAUUUGUCUUUAACAACGUCCAAUCCUUGCUGAUUUACAACGACACCAAGUUCAUCUACUAUCCCAACCCGACUUUUGAACUGCUCAGCCCUACUGGCGUCUUGGAUCAAAAGCCAGGGUCCCCCAUUAUUCUGAAGGGCAAAAACCUCUGCCCUCCUGCCUCUGGAGGGGCCAAACUCAACUACACGGUGCUGAUUGGAGAGACCCCCUGCGCCGUCACGGUGUCUGAGACGCAGCUCCUCUGCGAGCCCCCCAACCUCACGGGCCAGCACAAGGUCAUGGUUCACGUGGGCGGGAUGGUGUUCUCGCCUGGCUCGGUGAGUGUCAUCUCAGACAGCUUGCUGACCCUGCCAGCCAUCGUCAGCAUCGCGGCCGGCGGCAGCCUCCUCCUCGUCAUUGUCAUCAUCGUCCUCAUCGCCUACAAGCGCAAGUCUCGCGAGAACGACCUCACGCUCAAGCGGCUCCAGAUGCAGAUGGACAACCUGGAGUCCCGUGUGGCCCUGGAGUGUAAGGAAGCUUUUGCUGAGCUCCAGACAGACAUCAAUGAGCUGACCAGCGACCUGGACCGCUCGGGAAUCCCCUACCUGGACUAUCGUACCUACGCUAUGCGAGUCCUGUUCCCGGGCAUCGAGGACCACCCCGUCCUGCGGGAGCUAGAGGUUCAGGGAAAUGGGCAGCAGCACGUGGAAAAGGCCCUGAAGCUCUUCGCACAGCUCAUCAACAACAAGGUGUUCCUGCUGACCUUCAUCCGCACCCUGGAGCUGCAGCGCGGCUUCUCCAUGCGAGACCGGGGCAACGUGGCCUCGCUCAUCAUGACCGGCCUGCAGGGCCGCCUGGAGUACGCCACUGACGUCCUCAAGCAGCUGCUCUCUGACCUCAUCGAUAAGAACCUGGAGAACAAGAACCACCCCAAGCUGCUUCUCCGGAGGACAGAGUCUGUGGCUGAGAAGAUGCUGACCAAUUGGUUCGCUUUUCUCCUGCACAAGUUCCUGAAGGAGUGCGCCGGGGAGCCGCUGUUCAUGCUGUACUGCGCCAUCAAGCAGCAGAUGGAGAAGGGCCCCAUCGACGCCAUCACAGGCGAGGCCCGCUACUCCCUAAGCGAGGACAAGCUCAUCCGGCAGCAGAUCGAGUACAAGACGCUGAUCCUGAACUGCGUCAACCCCGACAACGAGAACAGUCCGGAGAUCCCAGUGAAGGUGCUGAACUGUGACACCAUCACACAGGUCAAGGAGAAGAUCCUCGAUGCCGUGUACAAGAACGUGCCCUACUCCCAGCGGCCAAGGGCCGUGGACAUGGACCUGGAGUGGCGCCAAGGCCGGAUCGCCCGAGUGGUGCUGCAGGAUGAGGACAUCACCACCAAGAUCGAGGGUGACUGGAAGCGGCUCAACACGCUGAUGCAUUAUCAGGUGUCAGACAGGUCAGUGGUGGCUCUGGUCCCCAAACAGACCUCAUCUUACAACAUCCCUGCCUCUGCCAGCAUCUCCCGGACAUCCAUCAGCAGAUAUGACUCCUCCUUCAGGUACACAGGCAGUCCCGACAGCCUGCGGUCCCGGGCGCCUAUGAUCACCCCAGACCUAGAGAGCGGGGUCAAGGUGUGGCAUCUGGUGAAGAACCAUGACCACGGUGACCAGAAGGAGGGAGAUCGGGGCAGCAAGAUGGUGUCCGAGAUCUACCUGACCCGGCUCCUGGCCACCAAGGGCACCCUCCAGAAGUUCGUGGAUGACUUGUUCGAGACCUUGUUCAGCACUGUGCACCGGGGCAGUGCCCUCCCCCUGGCCAUCAAGUACAUGUUUGAUUUCCUGGAUGAGCAGGCAGACAGACACAGCAUCCAUGACACAGAUGUGCGGCACACCUGGAAGAGCAACUGCCUCCCUCUGCGCUUCUGGGUGAACGUGAUCAAGAACCCCCAGUUUGUGUUUGACAUCCACAAAGGCAGCAUCACGGACGCCUGCCUGUCUGUGGUGGCCCAGACCUUCAUGGACUCUUGCUCAACGUCAGAGCACCGGCUGGGCAAGGACUCCCCCUCCAACAAGCUACUCUAUGCCAAGGACAUCCCCAGCUACAAGAGCUGGGUAGAGAGAUACUACGCAGACAUCGCCAAGCUCCCUGCCAUCAGUGACCAGGACAUGAACGCCUACCUUGCCGAGCAGUCCCGCCUGCACGCUGUGGAGUUCAACAUGCUGAGUGCCCUCAAUGAGAUCUACUCCUAUGUUAGCAAGUAUAGCGAGGAGCUCAUCGGGGCGCUGGAGCAGGACGAGCAGGCGCGACGGCAGCGGCUGGCUUAUAAGGUAGAGCAGCUCAUUAACGCCAUGUCCAUCGAGAGCUGAGAGGAGGAGCCUCGCGUGCCUGAGAAGAGGGACCUGUCAACGCUGUCACACUGGGAGUCUCAGAAGGAAGGACAUGUGAAGGGGAUCAGGCCCCAGAGCUUGAUGUCUCCUGAGACCCCAUCCUGGGAGAGGGGAGGGCUCCUCUCCCUAUGCCAGCCAAGUUUCAUCACAGCCAGCUCCUGCCCGGAAAGACAGUGGGCACCAUCCAGCUACGGCGAGAAGCCCCCAAGAGAAAGCGGGGCAAGGAGAAGAUGGUCUUCAAGCUGAGAGGUGCAAGCGCCGGGGGCCACUUCUGCCUCUGUGACUGCUGCUUUGCAUGAAAACUCAUUUGAUGUAUAUUGGGGAAAUAAUGAGAACUUUAUUUAAUUUUUUUUAAGAAAAAGAAAAAAAAAAAAAAAUAAAACAAAAAGCCGCCGUGUUAAUCCCAUCCAACUUUUGUUUAAUUCUGA